GUGUAGUCAGUGUAAUGUGGCGUCGUGACGCGGUCACCUCGCACUAAGUCCGAUCUCUGGGCGUCACGUCCCCCGAGUGUGCGUCUGUGCUAGAGCUGUCCCAGACCCCUAUGGAGCUUUCCUUUCUGCAAGCAGAGUCUUGCCCACUUCAGCGCACACAGAGUGACUAGAGCCGUUAUCAACAACACAAUGUCCGGAAAACAAAACCAACCCAUAUACAAAACAUACCAAGACUGAAGAUGUCAUCCCUGGACUGGGACGACACCGACGAUGUUCUCAAUGGCACCAUCUCAAAUUUCUCCAACAGCUUCUUCGAUUCGGGGACCAAGAAAUGUCCAGAGGUUGAGGUGGAGUUGUACGAGAACUUCACCGGGAUACCCUUAGCCGUUCCGUUAUGGGAGGCUCUUGCCACCCUUCUGGUACUGGGACUUAUUAUAGUUUUAACAAUAGUCGGAAAUAUUCUAGUCAUCCUAAGCGUGUUCACACACAAGCCACUCAGAAUCGUGCAGAACUUCUUCAUCGUCUCUCUAGCAGUUGCCGAUUUAACAGUUGCCAUUCUCGUACUGCCACUAAAUGUCGCUUACUCUAUCCUCGGUCGCUGGGAGUUUGGAAAGCUGGUCUGCACAAUGUGGCUCACCAGUGACGUCAUGUGUUGUACGGCAUCCAUUCUGAAUCUGUGCGCUAUCGCGCUCGACCGUUACUGGGCGAUAACCGACCCCAUCAACUACGCCCAGAAACGUACUCUUAGGAGAGUUAUGAUUCUGAUAACCGCAGUAUGGUUACUCUCAGCCCUAAUUUGCUCACCACCUUUGAUCGGUUGGAACGACUGGCCAGAAGUCUUUGACUCGAGAACCCCCUGCCAGCUCACUUCCAAAAAGGGAUAUGUCAUAUACUCGUCUCUCGGCUCCUUCUACAUUCCGCUGCUCAUCAUGACCAUAGUGUACGUUGAAAUAUUCGUAGCCACCAGACGCCGCCUGCGUGAGAGAGCGAAGGCAUCCAAGCUGAACGCAGUGAAGAACUGUACCGUGGCUCAGAACGACUCCGUGAAGGAGCGGCAAUCCCCCUUGGACCAGGAGUCAGUUAGUAGUGAAACGAAUCAUAAUGAACACCCUAGCAAUACUAAACAAGAUAAAAAGAAGAAAGGUAAAAAGAAAAAGAAGAAACCCACUGAAGAUAAAACCAAAUACUUAAGUCCAAACUUCGCAGCAGAAGACUCGGUGACGGAUGUUCAUGACGGGGAAAGAAGGCCGAGUACGAAUGUCGAUGACAACUGCCGGACUCCGACUACGACAACAACAACUACAGCUGGUAGUGGAAGCUCUCCGUACUCCAGGCCUGCCAGUCAGAGGGAGAACAUAAACCUACCGAUACCAAACAAGCGUGCUGUUCAGGUCUACCAAUUCAUCGAAGAAAAGCAGAAAAUUUCUCUCUCGAAGGAACGUCGGGCGGCUCGUACCCUCGGUAUCAUCAUGGGAGUAUUUGUGAUAUGUUGGCUCCCCUUUUUUCUUAUGUAUGUAAUUGUACCGUUUUGUGACAGCUGUUGCCCUUCAGACAGCUUUGUCAACUUCAUCACCUGGUUGGGGUACAUCAACUCCGCUCUCAACCCCAUCAUUUAUACCAUAUUUAAUCUUGACUUCAGAAGGGCUUUCAAGAAGCUAUUGCAUAUGAAGUCAACAACGUGAUUGUUUUAGAAUUAUAAUAGAGAUAAUAAAAUGUAGUUACCACAUUUGAUACUUACUAGUAUUUAUUUUGUUUAUUUUUAUACGUUUAAUUGUAAAAAAUUCUUAUGUAAAUAAUUAAAAUGUAAAUACUAGUACGUAAGAUUGGCUUCCCUAUUAGUUGUACAAAUGCCAUUUUUUAAGUUACAAUGCUAGGAAUUAUUCAUUAUUUUAAUCGCUCCUAUAAGCAUGUGUAAAACUGUGUAAUGAAUUUAAUGUAAGUCAAGCUGUGCAAAUCUAGAAUAUCUCUCAGUCGUUGUUUGUAAGCUAAAAUAUCGUAGCUAUACGUUAAGUUUAAGUUUAUAAAAUAUUGAUUAUAACUCACAUUUUUGUAAUAUGCAGGUCUUAGAUUGCGUGUAUUGGUCUGGUUGUAUAAAACACUUUCUUAAGGAUGUAUAAUAGCUUUAAUACACAAAUAAGACCCAAUUUUCACUUGUGUACGAAUUAAAUAUCAGCAGUGAGCUAGAACCACAUAUUGCGAGUAUUUUUUUAAAAUAUUAUCACUACUUUUAUGAUCCAAAAGGACUUAAACUUGUUAUUGUUUUUAAUACUCUAGAUAUUUCAUAACUCUAAUUUAAUAAACAAGUUUUAUUGUUGGUCUAAUAAUUAGUUAUUGACUUAACAAUAGGUAGAAUGAUAUUGGAAAAAUAAGAUUUAAUUCCUAGUCUCCAAUAGUUUAUGUGAUAGAAGGACAUUGAAGUUACCUGGGCAAUCUCUCCUAAAACCCUUAAGUUCUUAAGAUAUUAUUUCCCGGUUUAUGUGUGGUGAACAUCGCUUGAACGUUCAACUUGGAAUGACAAGCUCACGUUUUAUUUUUCGCCCUUUAGUCAUAAAACACGUUAUGUGCAAAAGUAUCGUUCACCCUACCCAUAAUUUAUGUUUAGAAAUUUUACAUCUAAAUAAUAUAAGCAAACCCAAAAAAUGUAUGUUUACUAUAAUUAAUGAUUAUCAAAAUGACAAGAGUUCAAGAUAUAAAAGUAAUGAUAUCUUAUUUGUUGAACAUUAAUACAAAUACUUGUAGGAAGGCCAGCGAUGUUGAAGAUUAAAAAUUUUAAAACAGAUGUAUAAAGUAUUCAAGUAAAAAAGUACUUGAUUAAGGGAUUUCUUAUUAAACAAAUUAUGAUUAAAAUAUAACCUAGUGGUUACUAAGAUGACUAUGAAACAAUUCAUUACUACAAUAUAAGCUGUAAAUUGUUUUAGAAAUAACGUUUCAUUUAGAGUUUUAACUGUCGAACGCCAUAAUAAUGUGUAUAGAUUAUUAAAACUAUGAACACCUAAAAGAAUUCUUUAUUCCAUAUUUUAUAUUUUGAUUUCAAAUGCCAUUAUUUAGAACCAAAGUUCUAGUGAGUUUUGCAGAAAAUAAAGUUUUGAUUGCUUUCUAUGCAAAUAAAAUAGGUAUUAGUAUUGUUUUAGACUAGUAAAUAGUUAACGUAUGGAAUCUUAAUAUCUAUGACAAGUGUCUGAUCUCAUGCCAUGGGUGUCUGAGCCCACUCAUGGCUGGGUCUACCCCGCCAUUCCGUACCUCUUCUUCCCACUCGUAAUACUCCACCAAUGAUACACACAGCUAAUUCCUCUGUUGUAAAACAAUUUUGACUGAAAUUUUUGACUAAGAUGGUUUUCGUGUUUGUACAUACAAUUGUUAAUAAAUCUGCAUUCCGGUUCAAAAAUGAA